AUGUCGUGUACUGUCCCUCGGAACUUUCGACUCCUAGAGGAGCUUGAAGAGGGUCAGAAAGGAGGAAGCAGCGACGGAACUGUCAGCUGGGGACUCCAAGAUGAUGAUGACAUGACUUUAACAGACUGGAAUGGAACAAUUUUAGGUCCAGCUAAAACGCCAUUCGAAAAUAGAAUUUAUAGUCUUAGAAUUCAUUGUGGCAAAAACUACCCUUCACAAGCUCCGGUUGUCACCUUCGUCAACCGUAUAAACCUCCCCUGUGUCAAUCAAAAUAACGGCAGCAUUGACAUCAGCAAAAUGAGCUCCCUGCGACCUUGGCAUGCGAGUUACACCAUGAAGACUGUCCUGACUGAAGUUCGGCGACAAAUGACUGAUAGAACUGUUUUCAAGCUCAAGCAGCCGCCAGAGGGCUCUUGCUACAUAAAGAUUCAAGCAGAAGUUGAUCCCAUAAGAAAAUGGAAGUUUGAGAAUACACGGACCUCGCUUAUUCAUGCUAUCUUAGUAGGCGUUUGGGCAGUCGUGCUUCUGAUUCGAAACCCCGCGCUCUUCAGAGAUCUGAACAAUUACGAUCAAAGUGUGAUGCGAAUGGCAUGCUGCUCCUUUGGGUACUUCCUUUACGAUGCCAUAGACAUGAUCAAAGGAGCUGGCUUCUCGAAAUCACUUGAUCUGUUGGUCCACCACGCAAUUGUGUUCGGUCACUUGUUCUACUUGGGCCACCACAAAGCGCUUGUUGGUGGAAUUGCAGUUGGACUGGCCGUCGAACUAGCUAACAUUACUCUUCAUAUAAGAAUGAUUUUGAAAAUGUCUGGCCGCAACCCUAAAAACUCCAGCUUCUACUCAAACUUCCGAUGGUUGAACCUUUUGUGCUACGGUGGAGUGCGUUUGAUCUUCCACACUCGCAUCACAGCCCACACUUGGAAGUUCUUGAACGAUCCCGAGCACCCUUUCAACACGACACUCGUUUUCAUCUCCAUUAAUAUUCUCAACCUGAUGAUUGCCGUCUUUGCCUACCGAUUAAUAAAAACCGAUUUUCUCGGAGGCUGGAAGAAGUCUGCUGGCGAAUAUGCCACAGAUAUUCGCUACGACACCGCUGCAGAACUCAAAGAAGACUGA